AUGAGAAUUUUCAAUAGGCUUUUUUCUUUUUUACUCGAGUUCAAAUCAUUGGUCCGGGGGAAGGGAGUAGCUAUUGAAUAUAAUCAAGUUCAGCAGUCCAGGCGGGAGGAGUUAAUCUGUAAUUCCCGUAGUUCCAUAGGCAGGAAGCGCAUCAACGAGUUUCCGUAUCUCGGCAUUGCUGACGAGCCAGUACUGUUCGUGGGCAAGCAAAGUUUCAACUCGCAAUCCAUUUCUACAGAACGGAGAAAGGUUAUGCAGGCGGGUGUUCAUUUGCAGUUGCUGGUCGGGGCCGUGGGGAUGGAAAGAAAGAUGAAUAGUUCGGUUGGCCUUGGCCGGAGAUGGAGACACUGGUGGGUAGGUAGAGAAUACCUAGAGACAACUCUCUCUAAGCCCCGGGGGAAGCUCGAUGCGGGUCUUUGCCUAGCCUUCUCCUCUGCUCUGACUCCGGUUGAUGUGCCUUCUCCAGUUUCAAUGAAGAAAAACUAG